AUGAGUAAAACUAUAUUUUUUGACGACUUGAGUAGAAAUGGGGCAAAUAGUAUUCUCGCUUAUGGACGACUUUCUUCACCUUUUAAUAUUAAUGUUGCAGCGCAUUUUUAUGCACGUCAUCGCAUAAGACUUAAUCAUCCAUAUCAUCUGUGUGUAGUCCAGAAAAAUACUCAUGAAGAUAGAUAUUACCCUUUGGAAUUAUUAGAAUUAGCGGAGGAAGAACCAUUAUCAGGGUGGAUGGCAAAUAUUUUUAUCGAUAAAACAACUCAGUCAAUUUCACAACAAUCUGAAAAAGAUUUUGAUGUAGCAUCACCUGUACCUCUUUCCGACUACGAUGAUAAUCUUUGUUAUGGAGGAAGAAAAUUUAGUCAAUCGGUAGAUGAUUUUGAAUACAUGCAAGGAUGGUGA